AUGGCAACGCGAUCCCACAUCCCGUCAUCUACGGCGGUGGCUGCUCCUCCGAUGAUGCGAGAGAUGCUGCUCCGUGCUUCGUCCAUCAGCAUCGCGAUCACAGCAACGCAACUGCUGCUGCUGCUCCUCUGCUGCUGACAAUCACCUAACAUUUUUGUCAUCGAUAAACAUCAACAACAGAAAUUCAGACUCGUCGUACAUCUACUACUACAUUUUUAUGCAUAGUCGCGUUUCGGAUUUUCCGCAGUUUUCCAGCUGAAAUAUCAUCAAAUAUUCUUCAGUCUAGAUCAGAGUAAAGUGCGCGCAUCCGCCAAGUGGUCGCAGUUUUUUUUUUCGUCUACCUUUCUUUUCUUGCCGACUCCACUAGAUUUCCGCUUUUCCUUUUUUUGGGAACCGUUUUCGGGGAUUUACUCCCCACAACCAGCAUCACGAUUUUCGGGGAAAGCCAUAAGAUCGGAGGCGGCGGUGGCGGUCGCGGCAUGUUCUGCUACCACUGCCCUCCGGCCCUGCACCCCGGAGCCCCGCAGCCGCGACUCCCGCAGCUCGACUACCCCUUCAGCUCGACGCAUCCCUAUACGAGCUACUCCUACCAUCCGGCCAUCCAUGACGAUACUUUCGUGCGACGCAAGCAGCGCCGUAAUCGCACCACGUUCACCCUUCAACAGUUGGAGGAACUGGAGACGGCCUUCGCUCAAACCCAUUAUCCGGACGUGUUCACCAGAGAAGAUCUGGCCAUGAAAAUCAAUUUGACGGAAGCUCGAGUUCAG